GGCAGUGAAGAACGGGGAGGACUGUGUAGGCUAAGUACGCCAACGCGGGGAAGUGGGGCUGGCGGUGGAAGGGGCUGACUGCUGGGAAAGGAAUCCAGCGUAACCGUCCCUCUGGGGAAGGGGGCCAGUCCCCGACUCCCUGGCUCUUCCGCUCUCUGCUGUAACUUUGGGGUGUGGCGGGGGUUAGUGACGGCCGUUGACCCGGGAUCUGGGCGUGAAGGAGGCUUGUGGUCACGGUGGGGUUAUAGUCUUUCUCGCGGCCACUGGGGGAAUAAAACAAAUGUUUGUAAUCCGGAUUAUCCGCGGUGACUUGGGGCCUCCUCUACUGCCCAUUUAAAGUUAAAGGCCUGUUCUCUCAGACUUCCGUCCCUCUGAUCGUCCUUUGCCGUCUCUUUGCCAGCCAAGCCCAGCCAGGGGAGGGGUCAGGGCCACCAGGUGCCUGGUAAGGUUGAAAGACUGAGUGUGUAAGGCUGUGUUAAAGUGAGUCUGUGAGAGAAGGCAGGAUUUAGAGGAUUGCUUCCGUGUGAGUCUGGGGUGAGUCCCUGAGUCCCAGAGCCUCACCAUGUCAGGGAAACGGAAGCGUGUGGUGUUAACUAUUAAAGAUAAGCUUGAUAUAAUAAAGAAACUUGAAGACGGAGGUUCUUCCAAACAACUGGCAGUGAUUUAUGGAAUUGGCGAGACAACAGUUCGGGAUAUAAGAAAAAAUAAGGAAAAGAUUAUAACUUACGCAAGCAGUUCUGAUUCCACAAGUCUUCUGGCCAAGAGGAAAUCUAUGAAGCCAUCCAUGUAUGAGGAACUGGACAGAGCAAUGCUGGAAUGGUUCAACCAGCAAAGAGCAAAAGGGAAUCCCGUGUCUGGACCAAUUUGUGCAAAAAGGGCAGAGUUCUUCUUUUAUGCUUUGGGAAUGGAUGGUGAUUUUAACCCCUCUGCCGGUUGGUUAACUCGUUUUAAGCAGCGGCACAGCAUUAGAGAGAUUAAUAUUAGAAACGAAAGAUUGAGUGGAGAUGAGACAGCUGUGGAAGAUUUUUGCAACAACUUUCGAGACUUUAUUGAACGAGAGAAUUUGCAACUGGAACAGAUCUACAAUGCAGAUGAAACUGGACUGUUUUGGAAAUGCUUGCCUUCCAGGACUUCAGUAAUCAAAGGUAAAUGCACAGCCCCUGGGCACAAGUCAAUUGAAGAAAGAGUCACUAUCAUGUGUUGUGCCAAUGCAACAGGUUUACACAAACUUAAGCUUUGUGUUGUGGGGAAAGCAAAGAAACCUCGCUCCUUCAAGUCAACUGACACCUCAAACCUGCCAGUCUCUUAUUUCAGCCAAAAAGGUGCAUGGAUGGAUCUUUCCAUUUUCCGACAAUGGUUUGAUAAGAUCUUUGUGCCACAAGUUCGCGAGCACUUAAGAUCCAAAGGCUUGCAAGAAAAGGCUGUGCUCUUGCUGGAUAAUUCACCAACACAUCCAAAUGAAAACGUCCUGAGGUCAGAUGAUGGCCAAAUAUUUGCUAAAUAUUUACCACCUAAUGUGGCUUCGUUGAUUCAGCCCUCAAAUCAGGGAGUCAUAGCUACAAUGAAGAGAAACUAUCGUGCAGGUCUUCUCCAGAACAACUUGGAAGAAGGCAAUGACCUGAGAUCAUACUGGAAGAAACUAACUCUGCUAGAUGCACUUUAUGAAAUAGCAAUGGCAUGGAAUUUAGUAAAGCCAGUUACCAUUAGCAGAGCAUGGAAGAAGAUUCUCCCUACGAUAGAGGAAAAAGAAAGCCUGGACUUUGAUGAAGAAGAUAUCUCAGUGGCUGCUGUGGCUACCAUUUUACAACACACCAAAGGAUUGGAAAAUGUGACUCCUGAGAACAUUGAAAAAUGGCUUGAUGUGGACAGUACUGAACCAGGCUAUGAAGUCUUAACUGACAGUGAAAUCAUCAGAAGAGCUCAAGGCCAGACAGACGAAUCCAGUGAAAAUGAGGAGGAGGAAGUAGAACUGAUUCCAGAGAAACAUAUUAAUCAUGCAGCUGCUCUCCAAUGGACUGAAAAUUUAUUGGAUUAUCUAGAACAACAAGGUGAUAUGAUUCUGCCUGAUAGACUGGUGAUACGUAAACUUCGAGCCACCAUCAGAAAUAAGCAGAAGAUGACAAACUCAAGUUAGUAAUGGCAUAUCAGCAUUACCAUUGUUUUGGUAAUUGUGUAACUCUUGACCUCUGCAAUAUGGCUUAAUUUUCUUUGUGUUCUGAAUUCUCAGACACAGCCCUGUGAAAUACAGAUACGAAAAAUGUAUCUGAAGUGGUUUGAGGAUUAUGUGUUUUGCAGCAUCUGUCUCAUGUCCCUUUAUCUGUGUUGAUAAUCAGAAGCUGAUUCUGUAUAGGUAUAAAUUACACAUAACGUAUGUAUUCACUUUUGUAGAUCUACAAUUAUCCCUUCCAUGACAGUGGCAUUCCAUAAAUUUUCUAGCAGAAGUUACAGGUAACAGUGAACAGAUUGAGCACUUUCCUGAAAUCUUUUGUUAGAUUUGUGAGGGCUGCCGCAGUAAUCUUUCUUUGUGCUAACCAUCUUAAGUGGGUGGUUGUUUUGUAUAUUUGUAUACACUGGUGGAAUGAGAAAUAUCUAUAUUGUUAGAUUUCAGGGUGAUCUAUAAUAAUUCAAAAUGAAGUUCAAAAUGAAGGGGAAACUGAUCUAUGAAUUAAUAAAAUAACUUAGAAAUCAUGCUUUUCUUACAUUUGUUUGGGGGGGACUUUUUUCUGGAAGUAAAGUAAAUAUAGGAAGUGAUUGCUAAAUUAGAAAACUAUUGGAAAGCUUAUAUAUAAGAUAUUCUGACCUAUUCAUUUGUAGAAACUGGGAGUUGAAAAUUUGGGGAACGUUAGGUUAUUUAUACAAAGGGAAUAAAUAGGCUCGUUUUAAUUGGGUCUUUUUAAAAAUAUUAUUAAUUGGAUAACAGUAUAGGUUUAUUAUUUAUUCAUCUAAUUAUAGUACAGGUUUUAUAAUGUUACAUGUGGUGAUGUGAGCUCCCACCCUAUAUGUGAGGGAAUAUCUUGGGUAUUUGAAAGUUUUUUUUUUUUUUUUUUACUAUGCACUUGAAAAUGUCUAAAAUUUGAAAAAAUUCGUCAUACCUUCUCCUUUUAUUUGAUAUGAAAAGAAGAAAUGAAUAAAGUUUUUAUUUUUAAUAAGCUGUAAAUUAUCUGUUUUAUGAAGAAAGCAGAAAUAAUUAUGGA